GAAUCAUCAAACCGACUCUGUGUCAGCCCGAUGCGCACAUAGAGAAACACGCCGUUUCAGCAUGCAGCUGAAGUGUCCAAACGACCGUCGCCGGCCACGACCAACACGCACUUUGAGUGGCCUACUGCAGCCUCACGCCCAUGUGCGGACGCUUCGUGCCGUAUGAGGCCAUCGAGACGGUGCGGACAGUGGCAUCACACGCAAUCAUGACUUGACAUUUCGUCUCUUGACCCAAUCACCCGAGCCGGACAUGCGAUGGCAUGGAAAGCACGUAGCGACCAUCCGAGGACCAGGACACAUGCCGCGGCUUGGGGCGACCAACUGCUCCUGGCCUCGCGAUCCUCGGGGUCAGAACCACCCGAUCAAGUCUCAUCAGUGUUGAGGAGUCGAGUGGCGACCGUGAUGGCUCGACCCGAGUUGUGGAUGGGCUUGCUUCGAACACCAAGUUACCAUACCAACACACACAUGCCUGCUGCUGGCCCGAUGCGAACGGAAAAGUCUCCCGCCACGGCACGGCACCAGCUACAGUAGGUUGGUUCGCACCGCGCGCACAGGGCCAAGUCCACGCGAGGCCGUCUUGUGCCCGGGCGCCAAGCAGGAGCGUCGCAUCGUUGCAGGGCUCGUCAGGAGACAGGCGGGGGACGGGACAAUGCAGUCGCACAGAUCGACCUGCCCCUGCGUGUGGGAUAUUGGGGCAAUUCGUUUCGCGUUGCACAGCGUCGCGCAUCUUGGAUGUCACUGGCAGCGCCUGUGAGAUGCCGCCUGCGCGCUUCGAGUUGCGAGGCCGCUGUCGAGUUGUUGUUGACCUGUUGUCGUUGCGCCGUCCGAGGAUUUGAGUCUUACUACCCACGCCCAAGACGUGAGCGUGAAAUAGCCCCCAACUAGCUCGACAUGACCAUAGUUAAUCUAGUUUAGUAGCAGCUUCUCGAGGUCAAUCGACUCGAAGCCGCACCGGCGUCCAUGGUCGCGUGUUGCCGGUGCCGCGCCGGCUGUCCCGCGCCGCGCCGGCAUUGCAUUGCAUUGACCACCCCCGCAACACGCCUCCUGACCUGCGCCCCGACGCCAUGGACAUCCCCAUCGCCCUCACUGAUGAACUCAGCUUCAACUUUUGCCAUCACACAUACUUUAAUAUCAGCGACGCAGGCUGCCGACUGGUCACACCACACAGUCCCGAACCGAGCGCUGCGCAUCAGGAUCCUGCAGGGGACCGUACGACGACUAGAGGCCCGCUGACCCCCUUCGGCCGGCAUGCCCUGACGGCUCCAGGUCUUGCUCACUAUCGCCGCCCCGCGACUGCGGUUGGGUUGAAUCGUAUCAGAUUUCGUCCGGCCCCUGCAUUGCAAUCAUGACCGCCAUCCCGUGUACCUGUUGCUGCCACCCGGACCGCCGUCUGGACGGCGGCCAGCAAGAUGAGCCGGGCCCCAAGUUGAGACAUAAAUCUGGGCUUCCACCUCCUGCUGGCGCCGUGCUGCCUUUACAUGCCAGCGCAUUCCAUCCACGGAAACGCGCAUCUUGGGCUUCUCUUGCCAAACACACCAUGGCGCGUCUCUCUCUUGCCGGGCUGUUUACGCUUCUCGGGCUCAUCGUCGUGCGUUCGCUCGCGUCGGUGACCAAGGAUGCUGGUCCGUGGAAGAUCAAAACGGUUGCAGACGGCGAUGUGGACGACAAGCUGCAGGUCUCUGACGAUGCGACGACGCAGGCUCUCGAGGACGCCUUUGCCGCCCUGGCCGUGUUGCAGAAUGACUACUUUGACGCCAACAAUGGCACCUGGCCGACCGCCAUAGAAUGGACCAGUGCCGUUGUCGGGACCGUCGUCUCAGGCAUGCUGUCUACCAUGACACAAGCUAUUAGUGAGGAGCAAUGGAAGGAAAAGGAGAACCUCAUCUCCUCCGUCUUCGCUCAAGUUUCGCACUCAUUCUUCGGGCAACAAGCCGAGGACAUCAAGACACAGGCAUACGACGACAUCUUGUGGGUGGUUCUCGGCUGGCUGGAAACCAUCAAGUUUGUGCGCCUGCACGCGCAGCUGCAUUUUUCUGAGACGGAACAGGCUUGCAACCAUGUGCCCGAGGAGUUGCGUACGGCCCUGCGUCGUACCUCGUGGCAAGGCUACAACUACCUCUGCACAUUCGCAGACCGCUCGCGUGAAUUUUGGGAUUUGUCCACCAAUGGCUGGGAUGAGAAGCUGUGCCAUGGGGGCAUGAUAUGGAACCCGAUGCUUCUGCCGUACAAGAACGCCAUCACCAACGAGCUUUGGAUUGCCGCUUCGGCAUCCAUGUACGAGCACUUCCCAAAUGACACCUUCUCAAAGGAGUGGAUCCAGUCCAAGGGGUUUCCCGACCGCGAUCCCGUCUAUCUGGCAGCCGCGAUUGAGGGAUACAAGUGGCUCCGGGACGUCAACAUGACCAAUGACCAGGGGCUGUACGUCGAUGGCUAUCACAUCGAUGGUAGCAAGCCGGGCAACGUCGAGUGCGAUCAACGCAACGAAAUGGUGUACACGUACAAUCAGGGUGUCCUCCUUACGGGUCACCGCGGCCUCUGGAGCAUCACCGGAAGCCCUUCCUAUCUGGAUGAGGGCCACAGCCUCAUCCGGUCUGUCAUCAAGGCUACCGGCUGGGACCUGAUGAGGAACGCGCCCGUCGACGCCAUUGAAGGACUGCCCCCGGGACAAAUACCGCCCUGGCGCGGGCUCGGCCGCGGCGGCAUCCUGGAAGAACAAUGUGACGUGAGCGGCACAUGCUCUCAGGAUGGGCAGACUUUCAAGGGCAUCUUCUUCCACCACCUGACGGCCUUUUGCGCGCCCAUCACGGCACCAGGCGACGUGACCACCAUUGCUCGCGUUCCGGUUGGGCACGACGAGACGUGUCGCAUGUACCUGCCCUGGGUCAAGCACAACACUGAUGCGGCACGCAAGACGCGGGACGAGGGAGGCAAGUUCGGCAUGUGGUGGGGCGCCGGCAUCUUCAACAACCCCAUGGGCAGCGAUAUCGACAACGGCCAGAACGCGACAUCAAAACGGAUCGACUAUCGCAACAAGGGCAUCCCGCUGGAUGGCAGCUGGGGUAACGCUACAGCCGUGCAGGAGCCUGGAAUGAAGCCCGUGCAUCCAGGCCCUGGGAGCCAGACACGCCCCGAUGACCACGGGCUGCAUACGAGGAGGGUUGGGGACCUCGGCAGGUCGCGGGUGGUGAGGGGAGUGGGGAGAAGAGCGACAGGCGACCCGAAUGAGCGCGGAAGAGGACGAACGGUGGAGACGCAGAUGGGCGGCCUAGCAUUGCUGAGGGCGUACUAUGAGCUUUCGCAGAGGACAUGAGUCUUGAUGCAUAUCCAGCGAAUGUCAGUCCGGGAGAGUAGGUGCUUUUGCAAUGUCGUGGGUAUUGCAUUGAGCUGGGCUUAUAGUGCACCAAAUGUCGUUUGUCAGUAAAGCCACUGCCGCCACCCAUGUUGUUGCCAUUGCUCUACUGUCGCUUCAAGAUCCCUUGCUGAACGUGU